GCGGGAACGCUGGUCUUGUACAGAUUCAAACAUGACAUUUAUCUAGCGUUAGAUGUCGCCUACAUUUUCCUUUAACUGACGGUUUGCUGUGGUGAGGGAUUUCAUCGGUGCCCUUUGCUCGUUUUGACGGUCUUCCCUUCAUCCCUAGUCGGGUAAACAAAUACAGGUGUCGUGAUGAGCAAGGCGAGGUUGAGCAGAGACAGAAGAGCGGCAUCGGUGGGGGUCUCCAGAGUCACCCGCAGCUCCAUGAUGAGCCCUCAGGACUGUGAGCGCAGCAGAGCUCCAGACCCCGGCCUGCUGGACGAGCUCAGCCUCAUGAGUGUCAGUGAACAGCAGGCCUCAGCCACACGGAAAGGUAGUAGUAAACCUGCUCUGUCCUCACCCUCUGGACGCUCAGUAUCGCGCGGGGCUUUGGAAACCAUCGGCAGGCUGAUGAAGCUUGGUCGAGUGCGAAACAUUGUGGUAGUUGCUGGAGCAGGAAUCAGCACAGCCAGCGGGAUCCCAGACUUCAGGACUCCAGGAACGGGUCUCUACGCAAACCUAGCAAAGUACGACAUCCCUUACCCAGAGGCUGUCUUUAACAUCGACUACUUUUCUGACAACCCUCAUCCCUUCUUCUCACUGGCUAAAGAGCUUUAUCCUGGACACCACCGGCCCAACUACGUCCACUACUUCAUCCGCAUGCUGCAUCAGAAAGGCCUGCUGCUCCGCAUGUACACCCAGAACAUCGACGGCCUCGAAAAACUUUGCGGUAUCCCUGAUGACAAACUUGUGGAGGCUCAUGGGAGUUUUGCCACCGCUGCCUGUCACCUCUGCUAUACUCCUUAUCCUGCAGAGGAAGCCAAGCAAGCUAUAAUGAACGGGAGUGUUCCCAUCUGCACAUUCUGUGCUGGGGCCGUCAAACCUAAUGUUGUGUUCUUUGGAGAAGAUCUGCCGGAAAAAUACUUCCAACAUGCUGAAGAUUUCCCAAAAGCAGAUCUUCUCAUGAUCAUGGGCACUUCUUUAAAGGUUGGUUUAAUUGAGCCCUUUGCCAGCCUGAUAAACACCGUGAAGUCCACAGUUCCUCGUCUCCUGCUGAACCGUGAUGCAGUCGGGCCCUUUGAACGGAGGCCCCUGAGAAGAGCCGACUACAUGGAGCUGGGAGAUCUGUCCGAAUCUGUACGCAAACUGGCAGAGAUCCUUGGAUGGCACACAGAGAUCCAGACCCUGAUGAACAGCCAUGAGAACGGUCUUUAUUCAUACAUCAGCAGCAGUGGUGAGAACAGCGGAGACUCUGAGACGGACAGCAUGCACUAA